GAUGGAGAGGGAGGAGAGGAGGAUCAGGCACUUGGACAUCCAGAGUGUUGAACUGAAGCUGCCUACAGAACUGGCCCUGCAACUGUCUGAGCUGUUCGGCCCUGUCGGUGUCCACCCAGGUGUGUGUUCUCCUGAUGACUACUCUGUGACCAUGGACCUCAACAUGGCCAAACUGCUGCACCAGAAAUGGAAGGACACUGUCCAGGAGAAGCAGAGACAAGCAGCGCUCUCCUACCAUCUACUGCAAGAGAGCUCUGUCCACUGGGGCGAAUCACUGACGGCCAAAAACGGGCUCAGGGACGGGUCACGCCCAGCUCACUUCCUGAUUGGUGCAGACGGCUUUGCGUCUCUGGGCGGCCAAUCGGAGGCUCAGGAUGAGGUGCCGAUCGCGGACCACUGGAGUGUUUCCCGCCCCCAUGUCUCUCUCAGAAACAUCAUGACUGAAGAACAGGCUCUACAGGAGAACAUGGAGCGGUCUCGUCAGGGUCGUGGAGAUCUGGACAGGAGAGAUGGAGCUGCCGUGUUGAAGCAGACUCAGCUCUAUGACCUGUUCCCCAGUAUAGACAGACACUUCCUGGAGGACAUCUUCAGAGACCACAAUUACUGUCUGGUGCAGACGGAGCAGUUCCUGAGGUCUAUGUUGGACGAGGGCCCUGUGAGAAACGUUGUGGCCCCGGAACACACACACCGCACACACAGCAAAGACCGAGACAAGAUGCGUGCAGCACCAGUGGCCCCUCCCCAGUCCCUCUCUCAGUACCAGGACGUUGAGGACCCAGAGUAUGAAGACUUCAGAGCGGAGGCCAGGCUCCAGAGAGGCAGACAGCUGGAGAGCUUCAACAAGGCUGCAGAGGCCUACAGGCAGGGGCGCAAAGACGUAGCCUCCUACUACGCUCAACAGGGUCAUCUCCACAGUCAGAAGAUGCGUGAAGCUAAUCACCGUGCAGCGGUCCAGAUCUUUGAGCGGGUCAACUCCUCCCUGCUGCCUCAGAACGUUCUAGACCUCCAUGGGCUGCAUGUUGAAGAGGCGCUACUCCACCUCUCACAGGUCCUAGAGAAGAAGACCACAGAGUGGCAGCAGGGUGUGUGUAGGUCUCAGCUGUCAGUGAUAACCGGAAGAGGGAACCACAGUCAGGGAGGAGUGGCUCGUAUCCGUCCUGCCGUCAUAGACUACCUCAACACACAGCACUACAGGUUUACUGAGCCUAAGCCAGGUCUGUUGUUGGUGUGUCUGAACUGAGAUGAAUCUGUCAUGUGACUGACUGUCCUCAAGACACUCCUCCUCUCCCUUUCUCCCCUGGAAUCUACCCUGGAAUCUACCUCUACCACUUCCUCUCUCACACACACAAAAAAACCUCUCUCUCUCUCUGUCUCUCUCUCUCUCUCUCUUUCUCUCUCUCUCUCUCUCUCUAACAAUUAUUUUAAUAGCUGCCAAAGAAAACGUCUUAAUCUCUCUUUAUGUCUUCACUGUGCCAGUUUGUACAAUAUUUGUUUUUUUGUAUUGAACUUUAUCAGGGUUUUACAAACAAUGACAGAGCAAGAGUCCAUUAAAUUAUAUUAAAUUUAGAUUUUUAGAUACAUUUUAUACAACCAUGUCAAACUUAAGUGAAUAUAAUUUAGCUUAACAUUAUGUUUCUGUAAUGGUGAAUGUGUUGGGGUUAUAUACGCUUUAACAGACCACUAGAAGUUAAUCAGAAGUGUCUGAUAUCUGGCCGUUUAUACAUUAGAUCAGAAGUGUAUUCACCUGGAUGUUGGGGUCUGAUAUCUGGCCGUUUAUACAUUAGGUCAGAAGUGUAUUCACCUGGAUGUUGGGGUCUGAUAUCUGGCCGUUUAUACAUUAGAUCAGAAGUGUAUUCACCUGGAUGUUGGGGUCUGAUAUCUGGCCGUUUAUACAUUAGAUCAGAAGUGUAUUCACCUGGAUGUUGGGGUCUGAUAUCUGGCCGUUUAUACAUUAGAUCAGAAGUGUAUUCACCUGGAUGUUGGGGUCUGAUAUCUGGCCGUUUAUACAUUAGAUCAGAAGUGUAUUCACCUGGAUGUUGGGGUCUGAUAUCUGGCCGUUUAUACAUUAGAUCAGAAGUGUAUUCACCUGGAUGUUGGGGUCUGAUAUCUGGUCGUUUAUACAUUAGAUCAGAAGUGUAUUCACCUGGAUGUUGGGGUCUGAUAUCUGGCCGUUUAUACAUUAGAUCAGAAGUGUAUUCACCUGGAUGUUGGGGUCUGAUAUCUGGCCGUUUAUACAUUAGAUCAGAAGUGUAUUCACCUGGAUGUUGGGGUCUGAUAUCUGGCCGUUUAUACAUUAGAUCAGAAGUGAUUUUAUAAUUUGGAACGUCAUCUGAAGAAUAGCUGAUGCUCCCAAUUUUUUUUUAAAGCGAUUGAGCGAAUCCCAAAUGGCACCCUAAUCCCUGUGUAGUGCACUACACAACGCAGCCUUGCCAAAGGUAAUGCACUAUGCUCUCAGUUACCGAAUGACCCAGAAACAGCGUUUGGUUUUGUUUUGCCAAAGGUAAUGCACUAUGCUCUCAGUUACCUAAUGACCCAGAAACAGCGUUUGGUUUUGUUCUACUCUCUGGCCGUCCCAGUUGACACCCUGUUCUCUGUCCAGGGGAAUAUAGGGAGACAUUUGGGACGUUGCCUCUGAAGCCAAACCGGGGAGUUGUGUUUCUAAAACAGUUUCUGCCGUUCAGCAGGUUUUUUUUUGUUCUAAGCUCCAAAGGGCCAUUAUCAUGGUUGGUUGCAGUGCA